AUGCCCUCAUUUUCACACCCUAUCAUCACCUUAAAAUUACUCCGUAGCAGGAGCAGCACCCGCGGUCUGGACCUUCUCCCCCACCACGCCCACGACGGUCGCGUAGCCCACCUCGAGCGCUGGCUUGAUCGUCAGCGUCUUGCUCGCCGCGUCCCACGAGGAGCGGUGCGAGCUCGUCUCGGUCGUGUUGCUGCCGGACCCACCGAGGCUGAUGGGGAUGCCAAAGACGCGCAGGUCGCCGCCGGCCUGGGUGGCCUGCUUGUACAGCGAGUCGACCUUGGUGGCCGCGGUACCGCCGAGGGUGAUCUCGUAGCCGAGGCCGGUGACCACGACGAGCUGCGAGACGCGGGCGAGGGUCUUGACUUCCUUGGGGGCGUCGCCACGGAGGCGGUAGGCCUUGGUGUUGAAGUGCCUGUUUCUUUUUGGGUUGAUGGCAACGAGCCUGAUGUCGUCAUAGAGAAUCUUGACAGACACGUCCUCGGUCUCGACUUGGGAGCUCGAGUCGGUCGAGGUCUUGGAGUGGUUGGCGCUGGCCCCGAAGGCGAACCAGGGCCCGCAGCUUACGCCCACGCUGCCGUCGCCCGAAGUCUGGCCGAACUUGUAGUCCUCGACUUUCUUGUUCUUGUCGAUCUUGAGGUCGUACGACUGGGCAGGCUUCCAGGUGGUGGAGGCAACCUUGGUCUCGGCCGCAACGACAAACUUCUUGUACUCGUCAAGACCCGUGUACUGGGGGACAUAAUAGACGGCCGGCUUUGGGUCAUCGUUACCAGCUUGCUGGAAGCGCUUCAUCUCGGCAGCGGAGGGAAGUCCGCCUGCAGCAGCCUCCAUGUUGAAGCUGGAUGGCCGUUAGUUUCGAGUGUAUAUUCUGAAGGAGAUACCGUCAUGGCAAAGGGAAUGGGAGGCGUCAACAUAUCCAUUCUGGGAGGAGGGGUUGUAAAAAACAUCGGCAGUCGACAGGAGGUUGUUGCCGAUGUUGAAGAUACCCAGAUUUCCGUAUGGCUCGGGGACGAUGGACCCGGCCGGAGGGCCCUUCUGGGCCUUACUGGCCAAGAAGAAAGCCGCAUCACCGCCUUCCGUGAUCUGGACACCAGCCUUCUCCUUGACGAAUUGGCCAUAGGCGAGCCAGAUGGCUUCAGUGGUCUUGUCGGCAGACAUUUUGAAAGAUUUUGA